AUGGGUCGCGAAGAUCAAGUCGAGGAGCGAGAGGUUCUGGACUCAAUCUUCCCAGAUGAGAUCACAGACAUCUCCGAGAAUGCAUACAAAGUAUCGAUAACUCUCGAUAAUCCCGAAUUUGACACCGAAGAAUCCGAGCAGCCUGUGAUAUACCUGGAAGUCUCAUACCCAGAAGAAUACCCCGAUGUCGCCCCACAACUGAACAUUUCCUCUCCGCCCAAUGCCCCCAAGUACCCACGACUAGAUAUCCAAGAGGAUCGGGACCAACUACUCGAAUCGCUCCAGGAGACCAUUGAGGAGAACAUGGGAAUGGCGAUGGUGUUCACGCUCGUGAGCGCACUGAAGGAAAGCGCCGAGUCUCUCAUGUUGGAGCGCGCCAAUGCCGUUCAGGUUGAGAAGGAGAAGGUCGCUGCCAAGUUGGAGGAGAUAGAGAAUGCCAAGUUCCGGGGAACGCCGGUCAACCGGGAGACAUUCUUGGAAUGGAUGGCCAAGUUCCAAAAGGAGAUUGCGGACGAGGAGCAGCGACAAAAGGAGGAGAAAGAGGCCGAGGACAAGAAGAAGAGGUCUGGGAAGGAGGAGAAGAAGCUGACUGGGCGACAAUUGUGGGAGAGAGGAUUGGCUGGCAAGGGCGACUAUGAUGAGGAGGAUGAUGAUGCUAUGCCUGCAGUUGAUAAGCUGAAGGUUACGGCUUAA